CGUCGUUUUCAUGAUGCUCUACUUAAUUUAUUGGCCCCUUAAACCUGAACGUGUCUCCGUCUACAUCGUCGCUCAGAACGGCCGUCUCAGGUGCAUAUGGUGACGUCGUUUUAGUGCUCUAAAGAUCGUUUCAGUCGCCUGCCUCACUGGGGUCAUGAGGUUUUGGGGGUUUGUCAAGAAGAGUUUGAAUGGCCUCCACAAAGGUGGCAGUGCCAGAAGCAAAGCAAACCCACUUGGGUUCAUUGGAAUUCAAAGCAGGGGCCUGUCAGACUCCAACGUUUUCAAUGGCGAUGAAGAAGAUACGGUGCUUCCUGUUCUGAUAGUUGGGGCUGGACCCGUGGGUCUUGUUCUCGCUAUACUCCUCACCAAACUGGGUGUCAAAUGUGCGGUUUUGGAGAAAGCCAGGACAUUUUCUAAACAUCCACAGGCACACUUCAUCAACAAUCGAACCAUGGAGGUGUUUCGCAAGAUAGAUGGGCUGGCAAAGGAGAUCCAGAGGUCUCAACCUCCGGUAAAUCUAUGGCAGAAGUUUAUAUAUUGUACUUCUCUUUCUGGUUCUAUUCUUGGUUCAGUGGACCAUAUGCAUCCCCAAGAUUUUGAAAAAAUUGUGAGUCCAGUCUCUGUUGCACACUUCUCACAGUACAAGUUAACUGCAUCACUACUUAAGCAGCUAGAAAAUCUUGGCAUCCAUGUUCCUACAUCACAAGCCUUGGAAGACCCAAAUCAUAGGCCCCUCAAGGGAAGGGAAAUUUUGAUGGGGCAUGAGUGUGUAUCCAUUGAUGCCACUGGUCAAUAUGUUGAUGUUGCUACUACUUUUCUCAAGGAUGGGGAGUAUAUGCAGAAGAAUAUUCAGUGCAAUAUUCUUGUUGGUACGGAUGGUGCAGGAAGUACUGUGCGGAAGCUUGUAGGAAUAGAUUUGAGAGGUGAGAAAGACAUGCAAAAGCUUGUCAGUGUUCAUUUUCUGAGCAGAGACCUUGGACAGUACUUGCUCCAUGAGAGACCUGGUAUGCUGUUCUUUAUCUUCAAUACUGAAGCCAUUGGAGUCCUUGUAGCUCAUGAUCUCCAGCAAGGAGAAUUUGUAUUGCAGAUACCAUUCUAUCCGCCUCAGCAAAACCUUGAAGAUUUCAGGCCUGAGAUAUGCAAGAAGUUGAUAUUCAAAUUGGUUGGUCGUGAGCUUUCAGAUAUAGACGUCAUUGAUAUAAAGCCAUGGGUGAUGCAUGCAGAAGUUGCUGAGAAAUUUGUAUGUAAUGACAAUCGAAUAACACUUGCUGGUGAUGCUGCUCACCGAUUCCCUCCAGCUGGUGGUUUUGGAAUGAAUACUGGCAUUCAAGAUGCUCACAAUCUUGCUUGGAAAAUAGCCUCUAUUGUAAAGGGUAUUGCACCAUCUUCUUUACUGGAAACUUAUGAAACGGAACGUAAGCCGAUUGCCAUUUUCAAUACUGCACUUAGUGUUCAAAACUACAGAGCAGCCAUGGCAGUUCCUGCUGCACUUGGUCUUGAUCCAACUGUUGCAAACUCUGUACAUCAAGUCAUUAAUAGUGGAGUUGGUUCUGUUUUACCAUCUGGACUACAGAGGGCAAUUCUGGAUGGAAUUUUCACAAUAGGUCGUUCACAGCUUUCAGAAUAUGUUCUGAAUGCAAGCAACCCGCUUGGUUCUUCGAGACUUGCUAAAUUAAGAUGUAUAUUUGAAGAAGGAAAGAGCCUUCAACUCCAAUUCCCUGCUGAGGAUCUUGGUUUUAGGUACCUCGAGGGAGCACUGAUUCCAGACAGUUAUGGUGCAUUAUUUGGUGCUCCAGAGCCACCCACUGGUCGUCGGAGGGACUAUAUUCCUUCUGCAGAUCCAGGGUCAAGGCUGCCCCAUAUGAAUGUGAGGGUGUUAUCCAAUUUAUCAAGUGAGGAGAUCAUUUCGACACUGGAUCUUGUAUCUGGUGACCAAAUUGAGUUCCUUCUGAUUAUACCACCAGUUGAUAAGUCCUAUCAUCUUGCUCAUGCUGCCUUCAAGGUGGGUAAGGAAUUCAAUGUUUCUGUCAAGGUAUGUGUUUUAUGGCCUGCUGGUGCUGUUAAAGGAAUUGAAGCAGGAAGUAAGGCAGCAUUGACCCCAUGGGAGAAUUACGUGGAUGUUGUGGAAGUUAAGAAGUCACCAGCUUCACCUUCAUGGUGGGAUAUCUGUCAGAUGACUGACAAAGGAGCCAUUCUAGUUAGGCCCGACGAGCACAUUGCAUGGCGUUCGAUGACGGGAGUUGUUGGGGAUUGUAUUGUGGAGAUAGAGAUGGUUUUUUCUGCAAUUUUGGGUAUAAAGUCAAAAUUUUGGCCUUCUUGGGUAUAAAGUCAACCAAAGUAUAGGAAGCUACAAGUGCCAAAGAUCUCUAGCAAUCUGGAUAUUGGAGCAAACCUGAUUGAUUUAUUCUUUAUAGACCAUUCACAACAUAUUUAAUUGUUUGUAGAAUUUCAUGACAUGGCCGAUUAAAUUUAUUGUGUGGGAAGUAACCGCAUUGAAGAAACCCUCUGGCAGUUUAAGCUUGCUAAUAAUGCCAUGUUUAGUUGGUAUAUGUGUAUUCCGUUCCUAUUCAACAUUUCAUGAUAUC